AUUUUUUUCCGGUGCACAAAUAAAGAAAACAAGAGUUUGACGUUAUACCAAACAUUUUUGUUAUUAGUCAUGUAAAACAAGGACUGUAGUGGGCUAAGUAAAAAGUUUUCUAAAGUGUUUGGUUUUUAGUCAAACGAGAAUCGUCGAUUUUAAUUAACUACCAUGACCGUUGUGGAAUUUUUCGGCUGUUCAUUCCUGGCCUUCGGACCUCCGCUGGCCAUGUUCACCCUGACAAUAGCCCAUGACCCUAUCCGGAUCAUAAUCCUGAUAGCUGCCUCCUUCUUUUGGCUGGUAUCGCUUCUUUUGUCGUCCUUGAUCUGGUUCACCGUUGUUCCGCUACGGGACAAGCUGGUGUUCGGGUUGAUCUUUUCCGUUUUUAUUCAGGAAGGUUUUCGCUUUUUGAUGUACAAACUUCUGCGGAAAACUGAGCGCGGGUUGCAAGAGGUGACGGAGAUUGUUCAGAUAUCCGACUACAAGCACAUUUUGGCGUACGUGUCCGGUCUAGGCUUCGGAAUUAUUAGUGGAGCGUUUUCCUUGGUCAAUAUUUUAGCCGAUUCGGUUGGACCGGCAACUGUGGGACUGAAGACCGGUUCCAGUAACUUCAUCGUGAUCAGUGCGGCCCAAUCGCUCUGCAUGAUACUGCUGCAUACCUUCUGGAGUGUGAUAUAUUUCAGUGCAUGGGACACGAAGAACUAUCAGCACAUUGCUUACGUGGUAGUAAGUCAUCUGUUUGUAUCGUGUAUGACUCUUUUGAAUGCCCAGGGAUUGUUCGCGGUCACGCUUACGUCGUCCUAUUUGGUGCUGCUCGUGACCAUGGUUCUAGCUUUCCGAGUAGUGGGAGGAACCGCUGGAUCGUUCAGGAAAUUCAUAACUUGCAAAUAAGAAUCUACCUGAUUAUCUCUCUCUGUUUCCAAUACACUAACUUUUAAGCUUUUUGAUAUACCUACUUAUCAUCAAUACCCAAAGUAAAGUACUGACUGUAGUAACGCAUUUCGUUCCAUAAUUCCUUAAUAAACAUCUUAUUUGUAAGAUUAAAUACACUUUCAUUAAA